AUGGCCGCUAUCAACACCGCUCUUCUUGCCCGCAGCGAGUUCGCUCAGCUCGCUAAGCGUACAAACUGGGCCGGUCACGAGGCUGGUGUUAUCGUCGUGUUCUGCAUUGUCUUUGUUGUUGCCGUCGGUCUGAUUGGUCUCUUCAUUCACAAGAAGCUGGCCGCACGCAAGGCAGCAAAGCCUACAUUUUAA